AUGUCGUUUAGUAUCGAAAAAGCUGCUGAUAAGCUCAAAAGACUUGACCUUACACAGCAAUCAAUUCAAUCAACAUCACAAUGGUGCCUUUUCCACUACAGGCAUCACAAAGAAAUAGUGGCCAUCUGGCUCAAGAAUCUUGAAGAAAUAUCGAAGACAAAACCAGAACGCAGUCUGGUGAGUUUCUAUCUUUGCAACGAUCUUAUUCAAUUCAGCAAGAAGAACGAGAGGAAAUUCAGAGGCUUCUUGGAAGAGUACGUGAAGAUACUCCCGAAAUCGGUGAAAUUAAUGCGUGCAUGCAUCGACAAAGAGGCAGCUGGAGAUGCUGAAGUCGAAGCUGGUCUUACAAAAAAAUACAUGCACGUUUUGAAAGUUUGGGAGGACAGAAAUAUGUUUGAUCGCAGAUUCAUAACGAGAUUAAUGCAGGUGAUGAAUAAGGGGAAACGGGUUGCCAAUGCUGCAGCACAAGAAGAAAAGAAUCGGAGGUUGGCAUCCAUAGUGAGUGAAGCUUCAGUAAAUCAACCAACUGGAACGCAAGCUGGCAUUCCGGAUGAUUUGAAAGCAGUGGUAAAGAAAUACAUACAAUUAGAGCAAUUGACAGAUAAAAGCUUGGAUGGAUUCACGAGGAUGAGCACAGGCUAUAACCAGCUAGUGAAGAAUUCGCAGAACUUGCCAGAACCAAGUGAAUUUGUGGUUAAGCUCGGGAAGUUAGAGCAUUUGUCAUCUCUGAUUGCAAGCUCGAUCGAAAAAGUGAGUAAAUCAAGAGAUGACAUUAUCGAGGAGCUUAAAAAGUUGAUUGGUGUCCAGGAGGACUGGAAGCAACUUGAUGGUGGCAAAGUUAAGAAGCUCCAAACGAUGAGUUCUGAUAUUUCAAGCCGUAAGAAGGAGAUUCAGAAACUGGUGGAUGCAACUGUUGCAAACACGAAUGGUAUGCAAACUGCAGUUGACGAGGAUAUUUCACCAAACUACGAAUCUGUUGUCCAUGGAGAUCAGAUGCACAAGAAUGGUGAUGCUACGGCUGUAAAGAGUGAUGAUGAAAAAAACGGGAAAGUUGUGGAUGGUGAUAAUGAUGAUGAUGAUGAUGAUUUGCCAACUUAUAGUCUGGGUACGGAAACUGCCGAAAAAGCUGAUGAUGAUGAUGAUGACGAUGACGAUGACGAUGAUGACGAUGAUGACGAUGACGAUGACGAUGAUGACGAUGAUGACAAUGAUAAAAAGGAUAGUGAUGAUGGUGAUGGUACUAAUACUAAAAAUAGCGAAGUGCCAACUCCACUUAAAAGCUCGUUAAAGCGUAAUUUCGGAGAUUAUGACAAUGCACAACCUGCUAAGAAGGUGAAAUUUGCAGAGCCAGAGCCAGUUGCGACAUCGGAAUUGAGUAAUGAUAUUGAUGAUGAUGAUAAAGAUAAUUCUUCAGGUGAUGCACCAGCGGGUGGUGAUUUACUCUCAAUAUUGAAUCAGUUGACGUGA